AUGGCGUCAUCUGGAAUGCGAUUCCUCGAGGCUUUCACGCGCGCUUCCAAGCGCCAGCACGUGUCUGGACGCGCCCAACGCGGUCUAUUUGCUGGUCGUGACAAAUCUUUCGGCAACAAUGUGUCGUUCUCAAAGCGUCAUACGCGCCGUGCUUGGAAAGUUAAUCACCAAUGGAAAAGUCUGUACUCAGAGACACUGGACGAGAAAGUCGGGCUUAAUGUAACAACACACACGCUACGGUGCGUGGACAAAUGCGGCGGACUAGACAACUACUUACUAAGUAUCAAGAACGAACGUGACCUUGGUGUGAAGGGGCUCAAGACACGAGAUCGCAUACUGGCCGCUCAAUCCAAUUGA